AGAAGUAUCUACCAACGUUGUCCUUUGCACGUGACGUGAACCCCCGCUGGCGCCCCCAUCCCCCUCUCUUCUUCUCUCUCUCUCUCUCUCUCUCUCUCUCAAACAUGCUGCAUUAAGCCUGCCUUCUCUUUCCAUCAAAGCCAUCCUUUAGCACAGUAGCCUCCAAUCACCGCUCCAUCUAAUUCCAUUGUCUUCGAAUCUAUGGAGAUUGAUGGCUGAAACGUGUGAAUCAUAUUGUCAGAUGGGGCGGAAGAAAAAGAACAAGCGGCUUCUGAUGCUCAAAGAACUCAAUAAUAAGGAAAUCGAUGGCGGUUUAUCCCAGAGUUUUUAAGAGAGUUAAACUGGUUACAAUCUGGUACGAGGAUUACAAGAGAGAUUCCGUCAAUUUUACAGCGAAUGAAAUAGUUCUUCAGGUGCUCAUGGCAUUUACAAUUUUGUGCGACUUUCUAACUUGAUUUGUGUCAUGGAGGCACUUGGGAAGAAAAGGAAGGGAUUGGAAAUCUUACGGUUAAAUCACAGUUCUCCAAAACCAUUGACAACCAUUUGGUGUCACUUGUCACUGGAGAACAGCUCAAGGCACAAAAAGAAGUGCAAGGAAGAUGAAGUUAAAGAAGUUGGUUCAGGUAAGGACGUAUUUCAAGGAAUUGUUACUGCUCCACCUUGUGGGAGCACCAGCCCAAAUACACCAGGGAGAGGUCUUAAGAGGAAAAUAGGGUGUAUCGAGGCCGCAACUCAAAUGGGUAGGAAGAAGAAAAUUGAGCAGGAUUAUGAUUUGGGUGUGAUUAUUGGGCAAGGGAAGUUUGGGUCAGUGAUGUUGUGUCGGAGUAAAGUGAGUGGAGAAGAGUUUGCAUGCAAGACCUUGCGUAAGGGUGAGGAGCUUGUAUAUCAGGAGGUGGAGAUAAUGCAGCAUCUCUCUGGUCAUCCUGGUGUUGUGACACUGAGAGCAGUGUAUGAAGAUGCAGAAUUCUUUUAUCUUGUAAUGGAGUUCUGCUCUGGUGGGCGGUUGCUUGAUCAGAUGGCUAGGGAAGGGCACUAUUCCGAGCAUCGAGCUGCUAAUAUACUCAAGGAAUUGAUUUUGGUUAUCAAGUAUUGCCAUGAUAUGGGAGUUGUUCACCGAGACAUAAAGCCAGAAAACAUCCUGCUUACUAGUUCAGGACGGAUGAAGCUUGCAGACUUUGGCUUAGCUGUGAGGGUAUCUAAUGGUCAGAGCCUGGCAGGUGUGGUUGGAAGUCCUGCUUAUGUUGCCCCUGAAGUUUUGAUUGGUGAUUACUCAGAAAAGGUUGAUAUCUGGAGUGCCGGUAUCCUCCUCCACGCCCUUUUGGUUGGCAUGCUUCCAUUUCAGGGUGAUUCUGUGGAGGCAAUUUUUGAGGCUAUCAAGAAGGUGAACCUUGACUUUGAGAGUGGAGUAUGGAAAUCUGUCUCUCAACCUGCCCGGAAUCUGAUUGCACGUAUGCUGACAAGAGAUUUUUCGGCAAGGCUAACUGCUGAUGAAGUAUUAAGACAUCCAUGGCUCUUGUUCUACACGGAACAAACAUUGGAGACUUUAACAUUCAAGUCAAAAACGAGAAACCAAGUAAAACUUACUUCCCGACAACUGACUGCUGUAACUGGAGUGGAGUCAGAGAGAAACAAGAUUACUGCCAACAACUUUCUCAGUGAUGGCUCUAGCCAAAAUUCAUCAUUUGAUGGUUCAAGUAGGAGGUCAGAAGAGCAGGAGUGUGGAUUGAUUGAUGCCCUUGCAGUUGCGAUUUCACGCGUGAGGAUUUCCGAACCGAAGAGAAGUAGGCUUUGCAGCCCCACCAGCCCAAUCCGGCAAGAAUGUUCCUCUAACAUGAAGGUUAAUAAUCUCUGUACAGCGUUUUGAGUUGGCUGUAUAACCUGCUGACACAGCCGCCACUCAUACCCAUAGCGUGGUUGACUUAAAAUCAAUAGAGCUUGACUGUGCAGAAAGAAGGCAAAUAACCAGCUGACCUUUACCUGGAACAAAGUGGUGAGUCACCUUUUUUUAGGUAGAGUACGGGGAAACUAUUGCAUAAGCUAGUGCUUUGUGGCGAUGUCUAAACUGUUCACUUAGCCAUGACAUAUCUAAAAUUGUGAGACUCUGGUUUGUAGAUCUCUAAUGUAAAUAGCUAUUGUGAUA